AUGAUCCAUGCGCUCUUGAGAACAACGUGUAUGCUGCUGUUUUUGGAGGAAAUCAGGAAGGUACAAGUCACCAUUCUUGAAGACCUCUUAGAUAUUUUGAUAAAGAGCCCUGGGAGUAUAAAACAAGAAGAGAAGCUAGAAAAAUUAAAUAAUUAAAUAAUUAAGAUGCUUUUUGUACACGUGCAUCAUCUUAUAAAUGAAUACCGACUCCACCAAGCCAGAGAGACACUGAGAGUCAUGAUGGAGGUGCAGAAAUGUCAACGGUGCUUAGAGGUUCUGAAACAUCUGGAACAGGUCAUUGAGAUGAUUCAAAGUUGCUUGGCUUCUUUGCCUGAUGAUUUGUCUCAUUCAGAAGCAGGAAUGAGAGUAAAAACUGAACCAGUGGAAGCUGAUGAUAGCAACAAUUGCACUGGACAGAAUCAACAACAAAGAGAAAAUUCUAGUAAUAGGAGAGAUCAAAUUAUAGAGAAAGAUGCUGCCAUGUGUGUUCUAAUUGAUGAAACGAAUGAAAGACCAUGA